AUGGAAGUAGCUUCCAAUGUCCGAGAGCUCAUCAAGCCUGCAAACUCCUCUCCACCACCACGACCGUCCAUACUUCUCAGCUGCCUCGACCAGAUUGCUCCUCGGGUCUACAUGCCUUUCCUCUACUUCUUCGCACGAUUCAUCCCUUCCAACCAGCUCAAGCUAUCCCUCUCCAAGACGCUCUCCCUAUUCUACCCGCUAGCCGGCCGCUACAAGCUUCUUCCCAAUCAGGCCCUCGAGAUCCAGUGUUGCGACUCUGGCAUCGAGUUCUUCGAAGCGCUCGCCAGCAAAUCUCUAGAAGAAGAACUUGGCAGCUUCCACGAGUUUAAUCCCAGCCUCGACAGCCUAGCGUCGCGCGAGGCCUUCCCAACACAAGAAACCACGGAACUUCCUCUUGUCUCAAUCAAGCUCACUCGGUUCCUGUGUGGCGGCGCUUGCCUCCAGGUAGCGACUCACCACAGCGCAGCCGAUGGAGUUGCCACGGCCGAUUUCGUGAAAUCCUGGGCGCUGAUUUCCUCCGGCCAGGAGCAUCGCGUCAAUCCGCCACACUUGGAACGAUCCCUGCUCCUGCAACCUGACGCAAUUCCACCGGAAUCCACUCCAGCGGAGUACCAGAUUGAGCCUCCGCCCUUCCCCGACACCAGCAAUGUGGAGCGCUCAAUCCUCUCCUUCACGAGCAGCGGCAUUCGGUCGCUGCUAAAGAGCGACACCACCGCGACUCGAUUCGAAAUACUGGCGGCUCACCUCUGGAUCGCGAUCACCCGCGCCAGAACCGAGCUCUCGCUUCUUCAACCGCAUGAGGAAACGAGGCUAGGCUUCGCGGUGAAUGGGAGAAAACGUUUCAAUCCUCCAAUUCCCGAUGGAUUUCUGGGCAAUGCGGUCUUUCUUGCAAUCGCAUCCUCCAGCGUCGAGCAGCUUCUGGCAGGAUCGAUCGACGGCGCUGUGAAUCUCAUCCAAGAAGCCAAGCGCAGGAUCACGCACCAACACAUGCUAUCCACAGCCCGCUAGAGAUUUCGCUCUCCUUCAACCCCUCGGAUCUCGUGAUCUCGAGCUGGCAGCGAUUGGAGA